ACGUUAUCGCAAACGCGACGUGUCGCUCGCUUGGCGUUCUUGCGGUUGUUGUUUGUGAUAUCGCUCAUCGGAUUUGCGUCCGCGCGGGGGAACGUAAACCGCGUUUGCGGUUAGGUGUCUCGUGCGAGACGGGUACGUCGCUCGUAAAACAACGUGACGCAGACGAGACGACUCGUCGGCGACGACUCGAAGCGCGACGCAUCGUCACACUGCCGUGCUGUCGUUGUCGCGGUCGGUUGAUUCAGACUUUUCACCGUUGUUGUCGACCUUGCGAUUCAUCAUGUACCGGACGACUCGUGCGUCGUCUCAUCGCGUUGGAAAUCGCACCGUCAGCGCCGCGAAAGGAAGACGGAAACAUGGUACAGCAAAAAAUAUAACAAAGAUUUUACCUUCACCUAUACAAAGUAACAAUGUGAAUUUAUUAGUGAAAAACGAGAAUAAACUGGAUAUUAUCAAACAAGUAACAAAUAAGUUUGACACAGUAGAAACGCAGCCUGUGCUAGAAACAUGCAUUAUUCACCUAACUUAUUCUUGUAAUCAAGAUUCAAAUGCAGGAGUUACAAAAGGGAAAAGUUUGCUUACCCAUUAUCUCUUUGACAAUGCACAAACUCAUGUUCCAGUGAAGGAGGAGGAGGAGGAGGAGGAGGAUACUUCUUAUGUAGAACAAUUCAAAACUGAUGAGACACCAGUAGCUGUUCCAAUUCACACGCCUUCUACGCCACAUAGAAUAAAGAUGCCAGCAGAAGAAUUAGAUGAGAAAGCUACAAUUACUACCAAGGAAAAGCAAUCUGUGAUUACAUUACUUAGCCCUCUGCAAGUUGCGAAAAAGCAACCGGCUCUUCGUGGACGUAAAAAAGGGAUCUCCAAUCAGCCAUCCCUCGGUCAUCGUUUGUCAAAGCCACCGCGCGUUGAGACAAAUCAUUCGAUUACCGAUUACUUUCCAGUACGUCGUAGCGUAAGAAAGAGUAAGAAAGUUGUAUUGGAGGAGAAGCAACGUGAUUUAGAAAAUAAGGUGCUUUGCCAGGUAGAGGACGGCUUGGAGGUCAAAAACUUUCCAGGUAAAGGUCGUGGUGUCAUAACGACGCGAGAAUUUCGAAAAGGCGAGUUUGUAGUGGAAUAUAUUGGCGAGCUGAUUAACCAGGGAGAGGCAAAAGAGCGCGAGGAGGUAUAUGCACAAGAUCAAAAUACCGGGUGCUACAUGUAUUAUUUUCAGCAUCGUAAUCAGCAGUAUUGUGUUGAUGCAACAGCAGAGACUGAAAAACUCGGUAGAUUGGUGAAUCAUUCAAGGACUGGCAAUUUAAUUGCGCGGAUUGUCGAGGUCAAUUCAAUACCACAUUUGGUACUUACUGCGAAGGAGGAUAUACCGAUUGGCGUGGAGGUCACGUACGAUUAUGGAGACCGAAGCCGCGAAUCCAUUCGUCAUCAUCCAUGGCUGGCAUUAUAGCACCUUAAUUCAUCAUUUAUAUGGCAUCGUGUUAAAUUGUAUAAAAGAUUCAUUUAUGUUCCUCCUAUGAAGGAACUGUAUAACACAUAUAUUGAAUUAUGUACAAAUUGUUUUCACAGUGAGACGCGGCGUACUCAGCGAUUAGAUUACACGCGACUUGGUGAAUCUUUACGCUAGUAAAUUUCAAAUACUUUUUAUGUUAUUCUAUUGAAUUUUAAUUCAUUCGGCUAGUAAAAAAAAGAAUUAUAUUGAAAUGUUGAUCAUGACAAUUACUUGUUUGCUUGUAUCGGAAGAGUGAAAUGAUUGUGUAAUGAUUUGCGUGUAUUAUAAUUAGCUUUUUUAACAGGUUCUCAAUUUAAUGUAUUAUUAAAAACAAUUUCUGAAAGAGAGAAAAGUAUAUUUCUGGUUUAAUAUUAAACAUUUAACAUGUGCAGUAUUACCAGUCAAAGAUUAGAAUUUUUAUAUUGAAUUUUUGAAUUAAAUUUUUGUAUUCAGUAUUUGAAUUGCAUAACAAAUUGUAGCAUAUGCUUUAUUUAGACUCAGCUUUUGUCUGAUAUUCAUUGGUGACGAUCAAGCUUGGAAUUUUCAUGUACUACACCAAGAGUUCCUAGUUGAAGCGAUUGUGAUACGUAGCUACGAGAAAAUGACGUAUCUCUCUUCCACUCUCCCGAAAAAAUAUAUGCAUAUGUGUAAUAGUGUGACCCUGUCGACGAAAGAGAUUUUUUGUUCAAGUAUUUGUGCAACAUAUAGUAGCUUUGAGUGCUUCACUGCCACAUACUUUGAUGUAAGAAAACUCGGUUUCUUGAAAGACAGUUGUAUAUAUAGAUUAUAUAAAUGACAUGUGCGAAAGGUAUUUCUCGAUUGCUUGUAGAGUUUUUUUAAAUUUAUCACUUAAGAAAGGAAAAUAGAGACAAUCGCUCACAUUCUCAUCCUCAUUUCGUUAUCAACUAUUUAUAGCACACACACGAAUAUGUAUUAUUAUUUAAUGUUAUAUCGCUCACGUACUUUUACAUUGUUGCUAGGUUUUUUUUAUUAUGCAGUGCCGUUUGUAAUUCAUAAUUAAUGCCUAAUUUUUAUUAAGAAUAAUGAAGCCUAAUGUGCCGAUUUUCCUAAUUCCUCUUUUUUUGAGCCUUUGAGUUUAAAAAGUAAUUCUAAAAUAGACGUAUAAAUAUAUAAUAUAUACAGAGAGAGGAAGCAAUUUUUAAUAAACAUUUUUUACGCUAUAGAUAAUUUUACAUCUGUUGAUCAUGAUUGCACGUCUUUUGCCACAUGCAAGAAUUCUUUGUAGUUCCGCACAUUGUAUACGAAAUAUAUCCACGGUUUAUUUAAAGU